AUGUCAUCGCCGAUUCGGGUCGCUAUUAUUGGUUAUGGGCAUUUAGGAAAAUUCUUGUCGGAGAAACUUCGCGAGCUGCCGAAUGAUUUCCAAGUCUCGAAAAUAUUCAACCGAUCGCCGGUUGAUGGCGCGUUGGGUCUCGACGCGAUCACUCCAGAAGCGCUAAGGGAAGUCGAUUUGGUAGUGGAAGUUGCUCAUCCGAAAAUUAUCCAUGACUUCGGAUUGAUGAUCCUUGAGCAUUCCGAUUUAUUCAUUGGAUCACCAACAUGCCUUGCUGAUCAAAACCUCCUUGAUAAUAUAACCCAAAAGGCUGACAAAUUCAAGAGGAAGGUUUUGGUGCCUUCUGGAGCAUUCUGGGGUGCCAACGAUAUUCAAAAAAUGGCGGAUGUUGGUAGUCUCAGGAGUCUUACUAUCACAAUGACAAAGCAUCCAAACUCGUUCAAACUGAAUUCACCGCUGCUGGAAAUCAAUGAAGAGGCGAAGAAGGAGACAGAUAAAUCAACUGUGCUUUAUGAAGGACCGGUGCGCGGACUUUGUCCGUUAGCACCGAAUAAUGUGAACACCAUGGCCGGCGGGGCGAUUGCGGCGAAGAAUUUGGGAUUUGAUAAGGUGGUGGCGAGAUUGGUUUCGGAUCCAAAAAUGCGCGACUGGCACAUCGUUGAAGUGAAGGCAGAAGGUCCUGAUGGCUUCGAGGUCAUCGCAACUCGCAAAAAUCCCGCGAAACCAGGAGCUGUGACUGGCCAACUCACCUACUUCUCGUUCCUUUCAUCCAUUAAAGAAUCUCGAUUCAAACCAGCCGGCGUUCAAUUGUGUUGA